AUGGAUCGCAGCUUGGACGAGAUCAUCGCCGAAGACACCCGCAUCAAGGGUCGCUCUUCUGGUGACCGUCCUUCUGGUGACCGUCCUUCGGGUGACCGUCCUUCUGGUGAUCGUCUUUCUGGCGAUCGUCCUUCUGGCGGUCGGCGCAAUCAAGGCCGUCGUCGCGGUGAGCGUGAUGGCGUUAGAAAGGUAUUACCCCGGUCUCGACACCAAAGCCUGGAUUUUACUGUUGCAUUGAAGCAUGGGAGCCCCGCUAACUUAGUUGACUUCCUUCUAGGUCCGCCCUCCUCUUCCUACACCGAGUCCUUUUGCGUCGUGACAACCGUAGCCAGUCAAGUCCUCUACAUGGUCGAAGAUUCGCCAACGACAAGGCCGUGGCGAACUUGCAACGCAAUUGUCCUCGCUACCAUUCUGACUUACAGCUAA